AUGCAGUCCGAGAAGGCUGCACAAGAAGCUGAGGCUGAAGCUAUCAGGAAGAUACUCGGGCAAGAUUCAGAGAGAAAAAAGAGAGAGGAGAAGAUUAAAAAACAACAGGAAGAACGAGCUCAGGAGAGAGCUACAAGAUCCAGCACACUCGCGUCAAACACAGUUAGAUUGGUCAAUCGUCCGAGUGGAACAACUUUGACAUUUUCUGCCGGUAAUGCAAGAGUCUAUGUAUAUUAUCCUCCUGCACGUGAGAAAUGUGUGGGACCGAACUGUGAGAACUCGUACAAGUACAGGGACUCAAAGUCGAAGCUACCAAUAUGCAGUCUUAGUUGUUACAAGGCUAUUCAAAGCCAAGAUACAACAACAACAACAACCUUUGAUUCAUUGCUAAUUACUUAA